GUAACGGACUUAGUACAAUAGUGUUUAAAGCGCACAACACUGUUAAAUAUUACGAUUCUUUUUUUAUUUUGCUGGAAACAUAUAUUGGUCAUUUAAAAUCAAGAGAUAAAACAACUUAACGGAUAUUAAUAUAAAAGGAUAUCAGCUGUGCUUUUUAAUGAGGAAGACUGUUAAUGAGCAUCUUCAUUUUAUGAAAUAUUUUUUAAGACUCAUCAUCAACACUGGAUGCACAAACAUUGUAAAAAUGCCAUCAUUUUGUUAUUCUUAUAUGUUAGUAAUGUUUUCAUUGAUAUCCUUGAAAUCGGGUAUCUGUGAAGAGCCCCAAUGCCAGCGAUACUAUAUGGAGGAAAGGAUUCUCGAGAAAAUUAUGUCGAUAGAUUUAAAGCUGGAACACACAGCAGUGAAAAUAAAAGAUCUAGGAGACAAUCAACAAUGUAAGAAAAAGAAUUCAGUCAGCCGUCUAAAUACAUCUUCAAGUGAUUCGCACGAUAAACGUUGCACUUUCCAGCAAGAUAAAGGAUCUUUUCGGCAUUACAGGUUUGAUACACCUUUAACAAGUGCACUGCGGAUAGAGGAUUUGGAAACAGACGGCUGGCAAAUGGUAUUCCGAGCAACAUCUAGCAUUGGUCACAAUGUGUUCAAUGCUUGGACAACAGGCAAAGGUUCUUGUGAUGUCAAACCUGUUACGAUGGAAAGAUCCUACGCAUGUCACUACCGUAACAGUGUCAUUACGGACUGGUCCAACCUUGGUAUCAAGUACGUCAAAUACGCUUUCUUCGAUACAGACAGGGAGGUGGCUCAUGUGAUUUUUGAUGGUGUGGGCAGUAACAUCAUUACCUGGUUUGACAAGAGUAGAGUAAUAUCUGCAAGCUGGUCCGAUCUAACAUCUAUGCAUGAAUACAAUUUUUUUUCAAUGAAAGGGUAUCAUGAACGAAGAUUUCACAUAAAUCGAGCUUACAAUGGCUGCGAUGAACACACUGGACACAUGAUUGUAAUUGACACUGACACCCCUUUAGGAUGUGACUGGGAUAGACACCCCGUCUAUCCGCAGUUUCUUUAUUCACAGAUAAACUCAGUAGACUACUGGAAUAGACGGUUUGGCAGAGCAGACUAUAUGGCGAUUUAUUUGAAAACAGAGUAACGUUUUAGACACGUCAUGCAAAUACAGUGUGCAUAAAGACUGGUUAGAGAAUAGAAAAUUUUCGAAUGAUUUCAGUUUUCAGUUUAAUUAUUUGUUGAAAGUAA